CGCGCACUUUAACCAAGGGACCAAAAAGGGGAAAUAACUCUUAUUUCGGAUGCAUGACGGGAGAACCUGUAGAGAUUUAAAUAUGGAGGCGAGACAUUGUUUACUUUCGGUUGGUAGGAAACCAGUAGUAAAAUGUGAAAUAUAUAUUUAAGAGCCGAAGUCAAUAUGGUAGAAGACCUAACUCUUCAUUUGAAUGUUAUUGCUUCUACAAACAUUAAAAGAAAGAAACCAUGGUCAGAGAUUCUUUGGAUUGGAAAGGAAGAAGAAAGCCUCGUUCUUUUGGAUCCAAAACGAAUAAGUCUGCUGUACCUUCCAGAUGGGAAGACAAAGAAAACUAUUGCUAAAGUAUCACCCCUUGUGGCUGACAGCAUUUCUGUAAAUUGCUCAAACAAUGGAUUGUACUUAGCUGGUUUGCUCCAGAAUGGGUUAGUAUUUCUUUGGAAAAAAGAUGGCAACAAAGUGUGGAUGAUUGAAGGGCUUCCUCAGUAUAUUUCAAAUUGGGGAACAAACCAAGAUUGUUACAGCAUUUACGUAUCUGAUGAUGCCACGAAAAUAUUGGUUGCUGCCAGUGAUGGCAGUGUCUAUAUUUGGCUUUGGUCAUCAGUCCCUUCAGUUUCAAUCAAGGAACAAAAUGUCAUUGGUUGCUGGUAUCCAGUUGAUAUUUCUGAAAGCGUUCAAGAUAUUUUUAGAUUGGCUAAUCAAUCUGUAAUAACAGCCAUCUUUUAUAGCAAUGUGGUUGUUGGCUGCUGUUGCAAUUGUUCCUUCUUGUUGUCCGACAAACAAGCUUUCACCAUCGUUACACUCUACCUUAACUUCUUAUCUGCUGCUUUACCUCCCACAUCAAGCUUCUAUCCAUUUAACUUUGAUUGGAUGUCUGUUAGCUACAACCAAACUGACAUAGCACUGAACAAGAUGAAUGACAAACCAGUGGCUGCCUACUCCAGGGAUGGCCAAAUACUUGCCGUUGCCAUCAACAAGACUGUUGCCAACCAAAACAAAAUAAUGUUCUUGUCUCCUUUUACAAAUACAACUGUUGUGACAGACAUGAAAGGAAAUGGUACUAACGAAUCUUCAUCAACUCAUUUCAGUUAUUACUGGAUCGCUUCUAUGAAAUGGACGUACAACAACUUGUUUGUCGUCUGUAUACUCAACUCUGGCUCUGUUUGUAUUCUUCCUCGUCUUGGUGAACCUGUACUUUUGAAGACCAAUGGAUUGUCCCAAGAAAUGGGACCAGCCUUCUUCCUGCCAAUUCAUCCUGUUAUUAUUGUAAGAGAUGAAAAUAUAUCAAAAGCCGAGGCAAAUCAACGAAAUGAGAUUCUCAAUUCUCAAAAGUUCUCAAUAAGUACUCAUCCACAUUUACCAAUUAUUAUUUGUAGUGACGGCUUUCUUGUGACUGUUCUUGAACUGCCUUACAAUUUGGACUGUUUGUCUCUGGUUCAGAACCUCGUCUCUUGGUCCUCUCAGAAGCUUUCUUUACUAAGUAAAGAAUACAAACUUGAUUUUACCCAUUCCGAACAGAGCUCUGCUGAUGGAAUUUUUGUCAAGGAAAACAUUAGCAGCCUUACUUUAUUGCAACCUCCCAGAUCCUAUCACUUUGAAGAGGGAACACAUUCAGAAGAUAGUGACCAAAGCAUUCUUCAAGAGGAUCAUCUUAAUAAUCUAGAUGCUGGAGUCAUUACAUUUGGUGUUCCUUUAACCAACAACUGCAAAUCACAGCCAAAAACUUCUAAAACCCACUCAGAAAUUUUGAAAAAUAUUUAUCUCAGUUUGCUCUUAGCUUGGAAACUUGAGGUGACAUCAGGUUGUACCUGGGAUCCAACAAGAGCAAAAAUUACCAAAGCGACUUUAGUGAAUACCUCCAAGGUAUUCCAGCUUUUUCUUGAGGUGUCAUCAUUAACCAAGUCUUUAAAGAAUGAAAUGUCAGAUAAAUCCUCUCUUUUUCAUUUGAUUCGAAUGUUUCGGGAAUUUCUGCAUCUUCUUCAUUUUGAUUUCUUAUAUCAACGACAUCUCAAUGUCAUCAUUUGUUUUGUUCAUAAAAUUGUUAAACUUAUACUUAAUAACAAGAACCUUUCCAAAUCUGAUCCUGCUAUUAAAACACUUCUGGGAUGUGAAGCUUUACUCAACUUUACUAACCGAAUUCUUAGCAAGACUUACACCUGGUCUUCAAAAUAUCCACCAUCAAAAGCCAGGGGAAGGGAAGAUCCUUUUCUGGAAAUAAACACAGAAUCAGAAGAUAAUAGUUGGUAUGAACCUUCAAGAAAUUGCUCAAAGACUUCGAAUUCAAGAAAGAAAGUUCCUAAAAAGAAACCCAAUGUUGAGCAAACAAUCCAAAAUAGUUCUUUACAAGAAUUGUUACCAACUUGGAAGUUGUUGAUGAAACAUGCUGAGAUGGUUGCAGCUGAGGACUUCAAACAAAGACAAAAAAAGUCACCACGCCAGCAGGAAAGUGAGUUCUCAGAAAUACUCAGGGAAUUGUUCCAGCGCCUCAACACACUUCUUUUCUCCAAUCUGUCCAGCACACAAGACAUCAAAGAAAGACCUUGUAAUAUCAGCAAAGGUGAGAGAUAUAGUUUAGAAUCGAGACAUACUUUGGCUGAGGAUGCUUGGAAAGAACAGCUGGCUAAAUUAAAAGAUGCAACUUAUUUCUCGAAUACCACUUCUUCCUGUAUUCUUCAUGCCCUCCUCUACACUUAUUUACUGAGAGGUCAGUUAGCAAAAGCCAUGGAAAUGGUGGAGACUCUAGUUCUGAAAGAUGACAUCAAGGCCAUCUCAAAAGAUCAAAUCGGGAAUUCACAGGAUCUGAAUCCACCAUCGUUUCUUACCAUCAUGAACACUUCCAUAUCAGCUCAGCAAAAAGUGCCUUGCAUCAAGAAUCCAGCAAUCCGACAAGUAGUGCAGACUCUUGCACGUUACAUGGCCAUGUAUUUUUGCAACAUGCAGCUGUUUAUUUUCCCUCCAAAUUCGCCAUCACCACUUCCUCAUUUAUGUCAUGCCUCUCCACAUACCUUGAAAGAACGAAUUAUACCAAAGUUCCAGCAAGAUGUGACUUCAGUCAUCAGCUCAAGUGGUCUGGAAGAUAUAUGGACAGUCAGUCGAUGCCUGGAAUAUCUUCUACUCAGUGGCCUUGUCCCAGAAGCUGCUUGGUUUUCCAACAAAGUUGGUGACUGGAAAGCUGCUCUUACAAUCUCCGCUGCACUCAUGAAACACAGGACAAUCUUUCCUCUGCUCUAUGAAAGAGAUUCUUUGGAACUCAGCCUUCCAGAAGAUCUUCAUCCAUCUGAAAUCUUGAAGAGGAAACUGUCUGUUUUGUUACCUACACAUCCAAAUACAAUGUCUUCCACUUGUAACGAAUAUAAAGAUGUAUUUGAAGUGAAGGAUGACCAUCAUCAAAUUCAGCUGACCGCAGCCAUUGAUAGUAUAUUGACCACCGGGAUAGUCUGUGGUGUUGACUUGGUCACUUGGCUUUUCCCUGUUCUAGUUGAAUCUCUUCAAAAUAUGGUGAGCAAUUUCUCUGCCAGUGUUCCAAGUGAUUUCCAUCUACCUGCACCUCCAUUUUAUUUAUGGCAGCCUUCUGAUUUGAAUGAUUCAGCAAUAAAGUCUGCUGCUUUAAUCCAAGAGAAGGAACUGAGACAUAAGACUUCAGUUUUGAUACGUCUUAUACUGAUUGUUCUUCAAGGAGCCAAAUUGUCUCUGCCAUUGGCACAAUGGUAUAUUCAGCAACUGAUGACAGUCUCCAAGAGAUCUGCAAAUAAAUUUGGAAAAGAAUUUGAUGGUCCAAUUAUGGAAUUUCCAGAUAUACUUUUGCAUCUGGGAAGUGUGAAAUCUAAUCUUCAAUCAUUUACAACUAAUACCAAAUUUUUACCAAUAUUCUCUUCGUUUCGGAACUUUUGUGGACUCACCUGGUUCCUACAUGUCCGUGACCAGCUGUCAUUGCAUAACAGAUUGCGAAGAUCUUACAUAGAAAGGCAGCGCAUUAAACCAUCUACAUUAAAAGAUGAAGAAUGGUGUGCUUUGUGUGAAGUUUGUCUUACCUGGAAUGUUCAUUUCAUCCCAUUCAGCCAUUAUUUAGCUGAUGAAGAAUGGUCUUACAAAGUUCUUCUCUCAGUUUUAUCAGAAUUGGAACCUUCAGUUUAUACAGCUCAAAUCCUGGCAACUUUCUGUCACGAUGUGGAACAGCUUGAUUCUGAAGUUCAAGAAAAACUGGAAAUUUUGUUGAAACGAUGGCAAACAUUUCCAGUUAUCAAGGUCCAAAGUAUUAAGCAAAAAAGUGGCAUUAUCAGAAGAAGUUCUUCAUCUGAGAAGUCUUUGUCAGUAUACUUCCAAGAAUAUUGCAGUUCUGUGGAGAAGACUAUGGAUAAAAAAAAGAACUACUUUGGAAAUUACUGUGAGUUUAUGUUUGAUUCCAAAACCGCCACAGAACAUAGUAUUAAUGUUGGUUCUUUCCCAUUUGAAACAUGUGAAUCAUAUGGUAAAUUCUUGGAUAUGUUUUAUGACAUUUCCUUUUCAAAACUUCUGGAAGAAGAGAGAUCACAAUCAAAGUCAUUCUCCCCAUUGCUUGAUGUAUUCACGGAAGAAAUUGUUGCCAUGCAAAUGGAAUCCAUGCCAUUUCGAACAAUGACAGGUCGACAUCCUAAACAGAGUCUGCUUAUUUUAUCAAAGCCAUGCAAAGAAGCGACCAAUUUCCAAGAUUCCAGUAAUAUAUUGGAUCCAAGUUUUGGUUCAGUUAAUCAACAAACUCCUAAAAAAACCAAAGGUCUUUUUAAUCGGAGUCAUUCAGCCGAUGCCUCAUGUCACUACUCUGCUACAAGUCCUGUUAGUCAAAUGACUGCAGUUGAGAAAAGACAGUUGUGGAGCCAAGCUAAAAGGAGGCAGGACAGAUGUAGAGAAACGACGAUGCCACGGAGUAACAGAUCAAAAUCUUUGGAUAGUAUUUCAGACAAACAAAAUAUUCUGUGGUCAUUUGAUAUUGAUUUUGGUUCUCAGUAUUUGAAACUGAACCAGUUGGUUGAUUGGCUGAUUAUGUGGGCUAAAAAGAACCAUAUUCUCAUUUCUCAACUUGAAGAGGAACAAAAAGAUGGAGAUUCUGCCAUGCAUGCCAUUGUCCAGCCUCAGUUGUUGGUUCUUGCUUUGUGGCUUUUGGAACAGAAGUAUUAUCCUUUAACUAAUACAACUACAGAUAACCAUUCAGUCCAGUUUGCUUCCAGUCUAAAAGAAACCUCCAAGAAACUGACUUUUCAGAGUUCCAGAAGUCACUUAGAAAAGAAGAAAAGAAAGAAAAAGAGUGAUUCUUCAUCUCUGUCAAAAGACAAAGAGCCUUCGCUUCCUCCAGCUCUUUCAUUUGACAAAGAAGAAUUUAGAAAAUGGUUGAGAAGUUCAGAGAAUGGAAUUGAAGCCAGAAAUGAACAGGAAACUCAGUCUUUGACAUCAAAUAAAAUUGGCAGCAAAACUAAUAAAAAAAAGAAAAAACAAAAACAGAAAGUGGUAUGGAAUCCUUUGGAAACGAUGAAACCUCUCAAAUUUAAAAACCUGGAAGAGGAAGAACAAGAAGAACGUGAAGAAGUGAAUCAAGCGUACGAAUACGUUCUCCACACUAUCAAUGAAGGGAGUUUUGCCACAGAACUCAGCAAUGUCUCAGCAGUUUCUGAGACUCAACAGACCCAAGAAAGCCAUAGUGAUCCUCUGAGUGUUUCUGUUACAUCAUCAUUUACGACAGACAGUUUGGAUGAUGUAGAAAUUUCUCCAAACCAGAAACCUCUUCAGACUUCACAAUCAACAGCAUCUAAGACCAAAAAUAAUGUUUUAUCAGAAACACAUUCUUCUUUAGGUAACCAAACCAAAUCUAAAAGACAAGAACUCAACAAAGAAAGUAUAAUUUCUGAAGUUCAGCAAAAUGUAAAACAGGAUGUGAUGGAUGUUAUCCAACUGGAAAUCCAAAAGCUGAUCGAUGUUCAAAACGACCGAUUCCAGUCUGUUAUAGAUGCCUUGUUACCUCAUAAAAAGGUAAAGAACAAAAGAAACCAGAGAGCAGACAGCAUUAAUAAAAUUCCAGCUGGUUCCAGUGUGGCCGAGGAUAGUUUUAGUUCCGAUUCAGAGUCUGAGAAUCAAAGACCACCUGUGACAAUAUCUUCUAAAAAGACACAAGUUGAUAUCAGAGCACCAGAUUCUACCUCAUCCUUCAGACUAAGAAGCCUAAAACAUCCUAAAAGCUCAGUUGGAAAUAUUAGAGGAGUCUUAAAGGAAUUGGAGAAUCUUCAAGAAAUAUCUCAGACUACAAAAGAAAGUUCUUCAACUUUGAUUUCAAAACCUUUGAAUAAUAAGAACUACAAUCAAAGAAUUGAUCCUUCAGAAAAUUACCAGCACCAACAGAUUGUUAAUGAUAACAGGAGAGUAACUGAUGCAAUGACGGGUGGUGUGACCAAUAAAGGUUCACAUCAGAACUACCGUUUAUUUAAUCUCGACAAUGUCGUCUCGGAAUCUCCACCUUUGAUGUCAUUGCCACAACUUAAUUCAGUAACAGAACCCACUGCAGUUAACAACCAGGAGGGGCAGCAAUCAAACCCAGAGAACCCUGUCAGAAUGCCUUUGCUUUGUCUUACAAAGAAACAACCCAAUAUUUUUAAAAUUCCAGAACCUUAUUUAUGUAUUCCCCAAGUUAGGCAAGAAGCUGUGGAAAUUAACAAUAAAGUUUCUUCCUCCCAGAAAUCGGCAAAUUCUGGCAGCAGUAAAUUUGUAAAUUACCACAAUGCUACUAAUACUAAUAUCAACACGAUGCAAUUUCCGAAACAAACUUUUAAAUUGUUGAUUGAUUCUUCUGAUCUGGAAGAACCAGAAGAACCUUCCCCGAUGCCAUUACUAAAAAUCCCCAAAGACAAAUCAGAGAUGCUCAGCCCUCAUUUGUCUUAUCAGCUCAUACCACCUGAACUCAUUGUUGGCUUUAAGCAGAAACUUCUGGAGAAAACUGAAAAUAAAAAGAAAAACUUUAUAAAGUUUCAGCAAAACGAAUUACAGAAACUGAAGGAAGAGGGGAAGAAAAGCAGCCCGACUCCAUUGGAAUUUCAGUAUCUCAGGAUGAAACAACCAUCUUCUGGAGAAGAUGAACAAUCAACGGAAUCCAAAGUUUAUAAAGACUCUCAUGUAAACAAUCUCAAACGAAGCAUUCGAAGAAAGAAAAAGGAGGAGGAAGAAGAAAAGAAAAGUUUGGAAAAAACACAGAGAAAAGUUGAGGAUAAAGAUCAAAUGGAAUCUUCAGUCUCAUUGAAGAAACCAGAAGAGAAGAAAUUGGAACCAGAAAAGAUUCACAAAGAUUUUAUUUUCAACCCUGGUUCUUUUGACAAUUUCCUAAAAUUGGGAGCUGAAUUAGGGGUUCCUACAAGCAACUACUCCAAAAUUCAAUAUGAUGUUGCAACAAAACUCCAAAAAUUAAGACUUGAAUCUAAGAAGAUGGAUGCAGUUGAAGCGAAAGAAACAAACGUCUGAUGUGAGUGUUGUGACUGAUCCUGUGAUUGAAGAAAUAAAACAAAUGACUGAUGUUGCUACUUCCAUCACUAAAGACACGGGUUCCGAUCCAGUCACUGAACUGGCGACUGCUGGCACUGAAGGGCACCAAGGAAAUAUUCUCACUCCUGAUAUCUUCCUAAAUCUACACUACAACGACCUGCUUCUAAACGACCAACAUACUAGAGAAACCAGAUCUCC